UUUCCACACUUUUGGGGGCAGACUGGCAGCGAUUUCGAAGGACGACGGACUGCUACUAUUUUGGGCGACGAUUUUUCCUCGCGAAAAAUAGGCACAGUUUUUAACCAGAUUAGAAAGAAAAGUGUGUGACACACAUGUCGCAGCGGGGUUGAGUUUAGGCUUAAGAAAAUAAAAACCUUCAAAUAACCACGUCUUCCAUUCGAGUAAGGAGCGCCGCGACACCAGAACCAGAAGAAGCCAAACCAUUACAAAGUGGGAGCAUAUUUUUCUAUGCUCCAAAACAGAUUUUACAAAUUUGCCUGAGCUGCUGGUUUGCGUUGCAGAUUAGUUGUGAUUUUUUAAUUUGGUUCCUUUUCUGUUCCUCAAUUGACGAGUGCGGCAAAAGUGAGUCCAACUGCAAUAAAGUGAAAUGUGAAAGUUAUUUGAAUAUUUUUUGUGAUAAAUUAUAGAAAAAAAAAGUUAUUUAAACAAGUGAUUCCGCAUCGUAACCGGAGCAACAAAAAAGAAAAGAAAAAAUAUGGCAAUAUCCAGACAACGAAAGGGAGGCAACAAAGUAUGGCUGUGGUGGCCCCGGAAAGGUUCCUGCCCUGGCGGUGGUGACAUCCCGUUGUUACUUGUCCUCGGCGCCGCCGUCCUUGGCCCGGUCCUGCUGGGAAUCCAACCGGCAUCGGCAACCGCACCGACCCACGGCGGCGGCACCAAGUUCGGCACCAGCUACGAAACGCGCUACAUCAACGACUUUAUCAACUUUACCCGGCCGGCGGCCGACAUCGUGGAACCGCUGUACUACGACUACGAGAGCAAUCCGUCGCGCAGUGCCUACAACCAGGAGUACGAAAGCGGCGGCCUGGCCGGACUGGGACUGAACGGCGGCCCUUCCUCGCUGUCCUCGGCUGAUGGUGGUGGCAGCAGCACUCCGAUGGUCGAGGAGGAGGUGACACGACCGCCGGACAUUUACCCCGACCCGGACCAGAUUUACGCGACGUUUCUGAACAAGAGUGCCACCAAGCGGAACCGGUUCCCGGGCGAGGAGAACGUGAUUAAAGUUUAUUCGUCCAAAUCGCUCCGGAAGAGUCCUCAGGCACGCGUGGACAGCAACAGCAACGACGACGGUUCGUUCGACAGCUUGAACAACGACAUGAAGGGGCACGACUUUAUCGAUAAUAUUAUGUACAUUUACUACGGCACGAACGGAACCCUGCGCAAGGAUCUGGGCGGCAACGUGAUUGUGAUAGGGGCCGUGUUUGCGCUGGCCCCGCAGAUACUGACAGCAAUAAUACUGUUCCUGAGAAAUCGCCGCUUGCGGCACUUUAACACGUUCUACCCGAUCUGUCUGAACCUGCUGCUGAUGCUGGCCGCGUCCAACUUUUCCUUUGUGCUGGGCGUGCAGGCCACCCGGAACACGGUCCGCUGCGAGCUGAUCGCGAUCGUGCUCCACUACCUGCACCUGAGUACCAGCAUUUGGUGCUUCGUGUACAUCUACGUGAUCUACGACUUGAUCGUGAACGAGUGCAAUCCGCGUCUCAAGUACACGUAUCUGGUUGGGUAUGGAGUUCCUGGAGUCUACGUACUGUUCUCGUACGCCUCCUCGAUCGACACGUUCGAAGUGCACCGCUACUGCUGGAUGUCCAUCCAGAAGGGCAUGAUCGUGAGCUUCAUGAUCCCAAUCUCCUUCCUGAUCAUCCUAACCACGGUCCUCGGCACGAUCAGCUUGAAGCGAAUCUCCAACAAGCAGACCGCCAUGCUGUGCGAAAGCAUCGAAAGCAUCAUCGAGACCACCUCCAAGUGUAACGACUUCAUGUACCCGCGAAUGCCAACGGCCGGACCGGCUCAUCUGCUCGCGAACCGAAGCAACAGCUAUCCCCAGCUAGAGUUGAAGGACGCCGCGAGCAACAAAACACCCCCCUGCUGCCAAGAGUACGCGCUAGCUCAAUCGCUUGAAAACCGUCAAUCCGUAGUCACCCUCCCUCAGCAGACCCAAAUGAGCCACGGCUUCAGCUUCCAGGGCUUGAAGAAGUCGCUGGAGUGCUACGACACGCGGAUCGAUCUGGGUCAACUGUCGCUGGCGGAACUGUCCACGCCGAGUCUGGCCUCCGAUAUGCAGGACUUUACCGAGUUUAAGCGCGCCAUCAAGUUCGGGCUGUUCUUUCAGCCGAUCUACUCGAUCUGCUGGUUCCUGAGCGUGAUCGCGCUGGAGAACGUGCAGUCCUGCGUGAUGCCGGUCAUCUUUGCCAUUUGCUUGAACAUUUUGAACUGGUGCAUGCUAGUGCGAUCCUCGAUGAUUUGCCCGUUCGUCAGCGCCCUAUCAGAAGAAACGCACGAAAAGAACAGCCUGAACUACAAUGACGGCUGUAGUGGUGGCGGUGGCGGCGGAACCGACUCCCUCCUAAACUACGGCUCCAACGGCGGCCAGUGCACGGACAACGAGACCGCGGACCGCAGCAUCUGCACCGACACGAUCCCGCUGCUGUGCGCGUCCAAUCCCUCGAUCAUCCAGUCGACGGUGGCCUCGACCGGCUGUACGAUCCUCACGCCGAACGGGUCACUUCCGGCGCCGGGACGCAAAUUUUCCACCGGUUCGGACCAGCUGCUGCAAACGCUGGACCAGCAAACGCUCAACUUUAUCAGCAGCAACAACUUGAAAAACACGUGGGAAUCGAGCCAGGAAAUUGGCCAGCACCCGCACGUCAAGGCCAUCGAUUGCAUCAGCACAAUCAGCAACUAAGCUGGGACGGCGCGCGUCUAACGCAGAUUGUUUGGCAUAUCAAAAAAAGAGAAAUUAUUAUUUUUUGGGAUUUGUGAUAUCAGUGCACGACAAAAACGGUGUGUACAUAGCAAAAAGAACUAUUUAAUCACAUACUUUUUCGCACAUUUAUCCUUGGAACUUUUCCGGUGAAUUUAAGGAAGAAAAAAUCACAGCAAUGCAAAAUACCUUGCCACAGUAAAAAAAGACAAACACUAGUAGAGUUAUAUCGAACGCAGCGGUUCCUCUCUGGACAUGGCGCCAGAAUCGGUCGAGCGUAUCCUGGGCGAUCGCGCUUAUUCUAAAAGAAAGGUAGAACAACAUUUAGUAGAGAUGGAGAAACAGAAACAAAAUAUGUGAUGCUAUUUCAAAACCAAACGGAUCGUAAUAGAUUUGUCGUUAAAGAAAAAAAAAAAAACAUUUAUCAGUAGCGAGUAGAAGGACAAAUAAUCACAGCAUUUUACACAGUCAAUACCGAUUGCCACGUUACCAUUCAAUGCGUAAUGCAAAGAAAAGUCAGAUAACUUCAAUAAAUAAUAGUACAAAAAUACCUGCAUGUUACUA